AUGAAUAAAAUCAUUUUCCAAUUACUUUCCAUGGACAGCUGCCCAUCUCCGGUACACAGUUGCUAAGGGCUUGGUGCUGCCAGAUGUUAUGGCAGAUUAGUUAUUGGCAUCAGAGUUGAGAAAGACACAGGAACCCCUAAUCCUUGCCAGACCCUUGUCCUCAGUCCCAGUCCAAGCUGACUGCUGCAUAACCGCUUUGAUUCCCAGAGAAGGAAUGUGCCGACAAGUCAGCGAGAGGCAACAGAGAGAAGUCGGGAUAUUUCGGAGAGCAGCAGGGGCCAGGACACUCUGAGGAUGAGGACGGGGGUGAGACGGCGUGGGUCGCUGGUCAUCUCUCUCUCGGUGAUCGUGCGGCUCUGCGCGGUCAGCAGCCUGUUCAGCAUCGCAGGUUCAGUUUGGACACAGCACCAACAAGAAAGAAGUAUUUUUCUUCAGGAUGUUUCAGACACCUUCCUGCUGUACGAGUUCCUGUCGGGGGGGUUGGCGAUCGGACAGAACCACACUGUGACUCUGGAGGAUGAAGAGUUAGCUUCGACUCGCCCCGCCAAGGUCUUCCACAGGAUAGUGAACGGGCGUGUUCCCAAAACUCGCCACGCCAUUGCCAACACCCUCGCCAACGUGCCGAUUCAGGGAGACACACUGGAAAUGGAUAACUUCGAGCAGCUGCUGUUGGCGUCCGUCUACGCUGCCCACUGGGGCCGGCGCGGCGACCCCGAGCACCGGCGGCUUUGGGGCGGUCUCUUCUGCCAGCUGGUGGGCGCUGUAACCCACGACCUGACCCGGCAAGUCGUGAGGUGUUAGACUCUCACCUGCUGCUCUCUGCCCUUCCCACUCCAUCCUCACACUCCUCCACCCCCUUCCCCUCCAAUCACCCUCCCCUUCCCCUCCCC